AUGGACACGACCGAGCCGCGGCGCGGGGGAUCAGAGGACUCCGUCCGCUCCGAUCAUGAUAUCGCCUUCCAUGAACCAAAGCAGGAACUUCCUGAUGAUUUACCAAAGUCUCUGGACGACCGUCGCUCUGUUCCUAUAUUUCAGGCCGAGACUGAAAUGUACGAUGCCUGGCAAGGCCAAUCCCAAUACCUAACAACACCAGUCGCAGCCAAGCCCCUACCCUUCAGCCUGACACUCGACGACCACACCCACGACACAGAGCACGAACUCCGCGCCGCCUACGGCCACCGCGACCGCGAUCCAGAAGACAGCGACGCCCGCCUGAUGGAAAUGCUAGCUGCCCAGGCCGCGCAUCGCGAGGUGGACUCGCUCAGCGCGGACGAGGAGACCAUUGCCGUUGAUGAGAAGCUUACGGAUGACGAGAAGCGCGAUAUACUCCAGAAGAGCUUGAAUAUGGCGGCUAGUAAUGGCGAUGUGGAGCGCGUAAGGAAACUUGUUCGUGGGGCUGCGAGGCCGUUCGUUGAUGUGAAUAUGCCUGAUGAGGAGGGGACUGUGCCGUUGAUUUAUGCUAGCUGUUUUGGUCAUCAAGAGGUCGUGGCUGCGCUUAUUGAAGCUGGGGCUUGGGUUGACAAGCAGGAUCGCAAUCAGUGGAGUGCGCUGAUGUGGGCUAUGACGAACCGACAUAAGAGUAUUGCGAAGAUUCUUCUUGACAAUGGGGCUUCGCCGGACAUUAAGUCUUCUUCUGGGGGUACUGCACUUGACUUUGCCCAGCCUGGGAGUGAGAUAUCCGAAUAUCUGCAUGAGAAUGGAUAUAAUUUUGGUUCCGCGGGUAUUGAGGAUGAUUUCUAUGAUGCUGGGCUGGCGCAUGGCCGUUUUGAAGAAGAAUUGGCUGAAAGCGAGAUGAAGCGCAGAAUGAUGAUGGAAGAGAGCGCUAUCAAUUUAGAAGUUGAUCUAUCCAGUCUAGGGCUUGACGAGAAAUUCGAGCCAUCUGAUGAGGAUGAGUUAGAAGAAGAACAACAGGAGUUCGUCUGGGAUCGGUGUCUGAACGACCAGAUGUUCGUCUUCCAGGAUCACGAACUGGAGCGCAUUUUGGAUAUCAUCAUUACCAACAUGACCCCCCAGCGGUCUCCGUCUCAAAAGCCCGUGCCUGCAAAUCUUCUCUUCCUCAGUGCACGUUAUGCGCAUUAUCAUGCCAGUCCUGAGCUGCUCGCAACGUUGUUGACCUCUGCCAUGGACAAGAUCAAUGAUGUUGUCGAACGCUACCAGUGGGACAUGACAAUGCAAGCAUUUUGGUUGUCCAAUGCCACGCUACUUCUCCACUAUCUUAAGAAAGAUGGCGGCCUGGUAGAAUCUACAGUCGAUUUCCAGCUGCAUCUGGCAGAGUUGAUCAACGAAAUCUUCAUUCUCAUCAUUCGUGACGCCGAGCGUCGAAUGAACAAAGUCCUGGAUGCGGCUAUGCUGGAUCAUGAGACCAUCCCUGGACUGGAGGACGUUACCUUCCAAAACGAGUGGAAUAUCUUCCGCAAAAACAAAAAUAAGACCCCUGAACCUGCCGAGAAGCGAUUCCGGCCUCCAUCUCCGCGCCGACGAGCGCAAGUAUCGCCCCGAAACAUCACCUCUUUACUUUCAUCCACUCUUUUUGUACUUGAUCUAUAUGACGUUCACUCGGUGAUCGCAACCCAGAUCCUCUCUCAGCUGCUUUACUGGCUCAGUGCUGAGAUCUUUAACCGAAUCAUGAGCACGAAACGGUACCUGGCGCGCACCAAGGCGAUGCAGAUCCGCAUGAACGUGUCAACACUCGAAGACUGGGCGCGCUCCAAUAAUCGACAACCAGAGCACUAUGAAAAUGGUUCUACAUCUUGCACCGGCGAGACCACGAUAGAAGCCGCCCGACGACAUCUGGCCCCAGUCAUUCAACUCCUCCAGUGGUUGCAAUGCUUCUCGUCACUCGGCGACGACCACGAGUCCCUUGUGACAACCCUUCUUCAGCUCCAACAACUCACCCCCGCCCAGCUCCUUCACGCCGUCAAGUCUUACCGUCCAGAAGUCGGCGAAAAGGGUCUCACCAAGCAAGCCAUGAAGUUCCUCCUCGAGAUGCAGCGCGACCCGGAGAUCCUUUACCGCGAGCAACAAAAACUCCACGAUGAGAAGAAGAAAGCCGCCGCUGGACCAGCAUCCGACGCGGCAGACGGUUGUCCCAAAACACCAUCCAAGGACCACCCCUCCGACGCACCCACAUCCCCCGACCCAGGUCUCUCCCCUGGCUCCGCCGGUGCCUCCUCCAGACCAACCAGCAUGGUCGCCAUCAGGAACGACGAACGCCCGGGCGGCGGCAACUCCGUCAUCCUCGACCCAACCCUCUUCCUCCCCUUCUCCCUCCCCACCAGCACCGACAUGCUCAUCAGCUACGGCGCCGGCUUCGGCGGCACGAAUCGCGAACGAGCCCGCAAGUACAUCCCCACCGUUCCACCAGAAGUUCUUAGCCGAUUCGAUCGCGGCGAUGCAUGA